CCGAGAAUCGCGGGGAUCGGCUCGAAAUUCGAUUUCGGGCGCGAUCGGCGCAGGUAGAUUCGCGAUCCGCAAUUGGCGUAGCGCACGACCCGCGUCAUCGGGCCGAUCGGCAAGCCGCGAGGAAGUUCAGUGAGGAAGUGCGAGAGAUAGAGCGGACGGUAGAGAGGCAACGGUGACUUCGGAAGGAAGAAGAAGAAGAGAGCACGCGGAAGAGACGAAUCGAGCAGCAGCGAGGGCAAGGUCGCGUUUCCUCUUCGGAAGCGGACCGACGGAGCGGGCUCGUCUGCCGGAAUUAAAACGACGUUAUGAGACGCGCUUAACGCGCGGGCCCUCUCGCUUGCAAGCAAGGUUAACGCGCCGCACGAUGGCUGCUGGGAAAGGUGUCUGUUUGUUGUUCGUCCUCCUCACUCUGACGUGCGUCUGCUCUCGCUCGUGGACGCCCCAGAAUGAAGGUAGAAAACUGUUCGGCGGCUACACGAUAGUGCCGAAGGCGUGCCGGCCUACGAUACGGUCGCGCAUCAAGUCGAGCGAGCCGGCGAUAUGCAUGUUCAAUUACGAGUGCACGCGGCGCAAUGGCGAGGUCGUCGGCGCCUGCAUGGACGGCUUCCUCUUCGGUGCGUGCUGCCAAUUGCCGCCGAGGAGCCCGGUGAACGGAAACGGCGACUUGCCCGGCACCGAAGAGCUCCUCGGUCUACACCAGAUCGACCACGUACCCGACAUACCCAUCCUGCUGAACCCGGACGGCACGCCAGUCGGCAUGUCGGUGCCGCCGAACGGCGAAAUCACAAAGACCGACAAGCCGAGCGUCUCGAAUCACUUAAAUGACGCCGAGACCGCGUACACGAAGAUCUCCACCUCGACGUCGCACAACGCGGCGAACAACCCCGAGAAAACGCAGACGCCCGUACAACCGGACAUCAGCCACUUGGCCGAGGACUUCCCGGUUCUUCUGGGCCAGCAGGAGAUCAUCGACGAUCUGCGAUUGCCGGGAUUACUGACACAUUCGGAUUCCAACAACGACAUUCAGGACCACCAAGACCCCUCUGCGGUGAACCCGGUCACCACACUUCUGAGCCCCGAUCAGAUCCUGCAGAUAGCAGACCCGGUGGACCAACUACCGGCUCUCUUCUCUCAGGGGAUCGGCCACAAUCAUAGCGAUCCGGAGACAAUAUUGCUGAACGAAAAUGGCACGAUGCUUGAGGAGUCGUACAACCCGGACGAGAUCUUCCGACCCGCCACCGAGACGUCGGUCGAUAAAAAGGUCACUCAAGCUGGCGGCAGCACCUCGUCGAGUACUCGGGUCAAAUUCACCGAGCGACCCGCGCCCCCCACAAACAAGUCGACGUUUACAUCGAUGCAAGGUUCAAAAACGUCUACGACGCCGAUGAUGACGAAGAUGCCCGUGGUGACCCAGAUGUACGCGAACGCGCAGCGGCUCACGAGCGAUCCGCCCAGUACACAAUUGACCAUGACCAGCGCCUAUGAGAAGCUGAGUACAAUCGAGAAGAAGGUGUCUACAAGAAUAGCAAGCGAGGAGAACACGAUGAUGCUCGAAGUCACUACGCCGAUGAGCGUGACAAGCGUGAAAGACGACGAGCUAGUGAAGGUGCCGACCAUCACCUACGACAUGCCGUCCAGUAAUAAGAAGAAGGACGACGUGCUCGACAAGGAAGAGAUCGCCAUCAAACACAUUAUCUCAAUCUUGGACAACACGACGCCGAAAUCGGACAUGUCGGUGACGCUGCAGGUGCCUAAUUCUUCUCCCAUUCAAGCUUGGGUGAGCAUCGACGAGACGUCCAAGCCCGCCCACGCUAAGAUUACCUCUUUGAGCUACCGACCUACCACUCCCGCGUCCCCCUCAACCUUCCCUUACACCUUCCACAAGCCCGGCUCGCUGCACAGGCCGUCCUCCACGUACUACAAUUACGAGCUGGUUCCUACGUCCGGCACCGAGACUACCUACGCGUCUCGCCCGACCUCCAGCAGCCCGUACGCCUCGCGGCCGUCCACGCAAACGACCUACGGCGCCUCCAGCAGCCACUCUAAACAACCUACGACGAACCCUCCGGCACCGACGGUGAUAGUUCUCGGCCCGCUCGGCACGGGAUUCACCACGGAGACGACCCAGAAGCCGGUCACGAGGAAGCCCUCGGGCGGAAGCACCAAACCGGUUUCGACCAAGAGCACCCCUGUCAAACCCACGGUCGUCAGCACCAAGAAACCCAGCGUAUCCACCACGAUCACACAUAACAUCAGUACCGUAAUCUCCAACGUCGCCAGCAACAACGUGGUCUCCACCAGUUACAUCAGCGUCAAUCUCAAAGACGUCACCAGCAGCGCGAAACCGAGCGUCGACCUCAACACCGAGUCGGUUCAACCGGUGAUGAACACGAAGGCCCGACCGAGCACUAGGAGACCCGUCAUCUGGACGACGAUCUCCUCGUGGUCCGACAAGCCGACGUUCAAUCUAAAACCGUCGACAUCUGGCCUCAACUGGUCGGAAAAUCUGACGCCGAUCGACACGAUAGUGCUGAAGGGCACUACGGAUGGUGUCGAUCGCGACACCACGAGGUUCACCACUUCCACGCCCUGCGACGACGACGAGACCGCGGCGCCCGACGAUCUCAUCAACUUCCCGCCGGUGCGCAAUCCGAACCUCAACAUUUCCGUGCCGAUCUCGCAGCAGGAGAAGCCGACGAUCGUAGAGACGUACAACAACACCGGCUACCCGGACAUCGGGCUGAUAAGCGAGAAUGACAUUCCGACGCCCACGUUCAUCGAAGACGAUGUUCUGACGAAUAAAGUAGACGCCUUCGUUAACAAGAUCGUCGAGUCGCUACAAGGCAAUUUCCAGAAUUUAAAGGACGUAGUCUACGCCCGUAACGGCACAACGACGACUUCGGCGACACCUGCUACCGUAACGAAACGACCGACGGUCGGAGCGAGCAGCACGACGAGGAAACCGACGCGAAGAGCCACGACCAGACCGUCAUCGGUGACGACGAAGAAGCCGUCGGUGACGACGAAAAGGCCCACCCGUACCACUCAGAGACCGUCGUCAGCCGAGAAGCCAACGCGCCCCACCAAAGUGACUACUUCGAAGCCGAAACCGAGUACGUCGCAGAGCACCACGACCAAGAGGCCUCAAACGACGACGAAGCGUCCGAGACCGACCAAGAGACCCACUACCACCGUACCGCCCAGUAGCACGGAGACGACCAUAUCUGAGGAACAGAAUCUGAAUGCGACCGAGAGCAGCAGCGGCGAAACGCUCGCCACGUCAGAUUUCCGGAAUCAGUGCGGCGUGAGACCCUUAAUAUCGAGGGCGGGGAAGAUAGUCGGCGGGAAAGGAGCGCAGUUCGGAGAGUGGCCGUGGCAGGUUCUAGUGCGCGAGGCUACAUGGCUUGGCCUGUUCACGAAAAACAAAUGCGGUGGUGUGCUAAUCACCGAUAAGUACGUGAUAACGGCGGCUCAUUGCCAACCAGGCUUCCUGGCAUCUUUGGUCGCCGUGUUCGGCGAAUACGACAUCUCGGGCGAGCUGGAGACGAAGCGUAGCGUGACGAAGAACGUGCGCCGCGUGAUCGUGAACCGCGGCUACGAUCCGGCGACAUUCGAGAAUGACCUGGCGCUCCUCGAGCUGGAGUCGCCGGUGCAAUUCGACGAGCAUAUCGUGCCGAUCUGCAUGCCGGAGGACGGCAUCGACUUCACCGGCCGAAUGGCCACGGUGACGGGCUGGGGCCGGCUCAAGUACAAUGGUGGCGUGCCGUCGGUGUUGCAGGAGGUCCAGGUGCCCAUUAUGGAGAACGCGGUGUGCCAGGAGAUGUUCCAAACCGCCAGCCACUCGAAACUGAUUUUGGAUAGCUUCCUUUGCGCCGGAUACGCCAAUGGCCAGAAGGAUUCCUGCGAGGGUGACAGCGGCGGUCCGCUGGUCAUGCAACAACCAGACGGCAGAUGGUUCCUGGUCGGGACCGUUUCUCAUGGCAUAAAAUGCGCGGCCCCUUAUCUACCGGGUGUGUACAUGAGGACGACCUACUUCAAGCCCUGGCUGCACAGCAUCACCGGCGUCUGAGAGGCUCUCUUACUUUCGGUCGAGUCGCAUUUGAUGCGACAUCACGCGAGCGGCACCCGUUUGCCAUUCUGUAUAAAUGUACAAAGGAAUACUAAUUUAUUUUCCCAUUCUCGGGAUAGACCGUAUGAAACCAAUUAAGUAUCACGCCCGCGGAGCAAGCCAGAACGCCAGAGCGCUGUUCGGAUUUUUAAAUAACAACACGAGACCUCGUUUCCUCUUCUCAUAUGCUGUCACGCGCGUUUUCCUAUUAGCACCACAAGAGUAUAUGCGCAUUUACAAUGACAACUCGCCCAUACAAACGGCGAGAAAAAGAAAGAGAAACGCGACACAGUGAGUUCUCGAGUUAUUUAAAUUUCGAAAUAGGAUUCUACGCGCGGAAGUGGCCGCGGGGCAACACCGCCUUUUCGACGCACAACCAGUGGCCGACGCUGCAUUUAUGCGUAUCAAUGUUUAAAUUCGUCCUUUACGUGUUCAUGUGUGUACGUGUGUAUGUGUAUGUGUGUGUGUACGCGUGUGCGCAUACAGGUACUCUCUCUAUCUCUCUCUCUCUCUUUCUUUCUUUCUUUCUUUCGCGAAGCCGGCUCUGAAGCGGAUUCAGGGUGUGUACGCAGCUGAAGUCCUGAGUCUCGAAGUCGGAACCUAGGUUUGAACGACGGCGCCAUGUGUUUGCUCGACGUUCUUCCCACGACCGCAGAAGAGGAUGCAAAUGUAACAUAUACGGUAUCUUGUUAUUCCGUCAACCUCCAGUACCCCCACCAACCUCCAGUACCUCCAGUAUCCCCACCAACAAAAUUCGAAUUCGGAAUUAUCGCGUAAUUAGUUGCUAUAAUUUCAAAUUUGCACAAGCGCUGAAAAUUAAUUUUAAUGUUGAGCUAGUACAACGGAGCGAAUCAGCAUUUCAAAUUUAGAGUUAAUUUUCAGUGCGUAGAAGCAUCGAAUCUGGAACUAUUGCAACUAAUUAACAAUUAAUUAGCAUUUAAUUACGCGAUAGAUCCGAAUACGAUUUUUAUUGGUGGGGGUGUUUAACGGAGGUUCGUUACUGGCGUCGGUGUUCAACGAACCUCUUUGCAAUUUCAACUUCCAACAAUUUAGAGACGAUAUUUCCUCGACAAAAAUGUUGAAAUCGCGAGACGAAACUGGGAAUCGACUUUUAGACAAAUUUAUCGCGGUGAAGCCUCGGACUUCAAGUUAAUGAAGAUUCAUUCGAAUUCGCACCGAGAUAAAAGUCUUGCUGUCUGGAAUACGUGCGUGAACUUAGACUUAGGUGCGUAUAUUUGGCACGAAUAAAUUUCAAGUCAUCCCACUUCCCUUCCUCGUAUUUCACACCUCUGUCUCGUCGACGGGGCACCGGCAAUAUUCUCGCCCUGCGCGAACGUUUCGCGCCAGCUCCGCGUAUAUACAUAAGUACAUAAAGACGAGCCUCCCAAACCUCUAUUUAUUUUCUCUUUCUCUCUAUCCCCCGUCUCUUGUUGUUAGACGUUAUUUAUUAAAUACAUUUUUUAUACGACACACAACGCGUGGCUAUUUUAUGUCACAUUUCACCGGCGCCCCGCGCCGUACGGAAAUAAAAGACACCGGCAUCCUGAC